AUGUCACAAGUGGCACAUUCUAAUAUCUCAACUCAGACUGCUUUCAGACGGCUGUUGCUGAUGAAGUUUCUGUCCUUUCUUGUUCCUACAGCCUGGGUACAUGGUGACCCCAGGAGAAUGGCCUAUCCUACAAACAGCCAGGGGCAGUUUUGUGGCCAGAAGGACACCCCCAAUGAGAACAAGCCCAUUUUGUUUUACCUUAACUUUCUGAAAUGUGCUAGUCCCUCAACGAUAUUAAACCUACAGUGCCCUACAACACAGAUCUGUGUCUCCAAGUGCCCAGAAACAUUUACAACCUAUCUAGAAAUGCAAAAUAGAGCUAAAAGUAACCAAAAGUACUGGACAUACUACAAGCAAUUCUGCAAGUCCAAUGUUGUGAGCCCAAAAAUGUCUCUCACAAAAGUUUUAUUGGAUGAAGAUUGUCCAGCAGCAAUAUUUCCAAGCAAACCUUUUCUCCAGAGAUGUUUCCCUGACUUCUCUACUACUAACAAUGGCACCUUAACAGUAGGAAAUAAGACAACAUUCCAGGAUGGACAAGGGGUGACAAGAAAUGUUUUAGAACUCAGGACAGCUGCAAAAGGUAUAGACAAACUCCUUAAAGCAAGAUCAAUUGCACUGAAGGUUUUUGAAGAUUAUUCAACAUCUUGGCUUUGGAUUAUCGUUGGCCUGAUUAUCGCCAUGGUGCUUAGUUGGCUGUUUCUGAUACUCCUGAGGUACACAGCUGGAUUCCUUUUCUGGAUCUUCAUGUUGGGUGUGCUUGGAAUUAUAGGAUAUGGAAUACUGCACUGCUACCAAGAAUACAACAAACUUGAUGCAGGGUUAAAGUUCCAAUUAAACCUUUAUGACAUCGGGAUUCAGACUGAUAUCAGCCUCUACUUUGGACUGAAACAAACGUGGUUCACACUUUUGAUAAUCCUCAGCACCAUUGAAGUAAUUAUCAUCUUCACGCUGAUCUUCCUCAGGCACAGAAUCCGCCUUACAAUAGCACUGCUGAAGGAAGGAAGCAAAGCGGUUGCAUAUGUCCCCAGUACCUUAUUUUAUCCAGUUUUGACUUUCAUUUUGAUCUCAAUCUGCAUUUCCUACUGGGCUGUGACAGCAGCUUUCUUGGCUACAUCAGGCUCCCCUGUAUAUAAAGUUGUAAGCCCUGAUGGACAAUGUAUGUUUGAAAAUCAAACCUGUGAACCAGAGAUAUUUAAUUCCACUGAUAUUUACAGAAUUUGCCCUGGGGCUAUGUGUAACUUUGCUUUCUAUGGUGGAGGGAGCCUGUAUCAUGACUACAUCACUAUCUUUCAAGUGUACAAUCUAUAUGCCUUUCUCUGGCUUACAAACUUUGUCCUUGCAUUGGGUCAGUGUACCCUUGCUGGUGCCUUCGCUUCUUAUUACUGGGCUGCAGAAAAGCCAAAGGACAUUCCACCAUUUCCACUCUUUAAUGCAUUUGGAAGAGCCAUAAGAUAUCAUACAGGUUCUCUAGCAUUUGGAUCUUUAAUUCUUGCAUCUGUUCAAAUGUUUAGAAUUAUUUUACAAUAUGUGGACCACCGCAUUAGAGCUGCCCAUAACAAGAUUUCUAAAUUCCUACGAUGCUGCCUAAAGUUCUGUUUCUGGUGUUUGGAAAAAGUGGUGAAAGUACUAAACAAAAAUGCCUAUAUAAUGAUUGCAAUAUAUGGCAACAAUUUCUGCAGAUCGGCAAGAGAAGCAUUCAAUCUCCUGAUGAGAAAUGUUAUAAAAGUUGCCGUUUUGGAUACAGUUACAGAAUUUGUGCUAAUUCUGGGAAAAAUUCUGGUUGCUGGGAGUAUAGGUGUCAUGAGUUUUUUAAUCUUCACACAAAAAUCUUCAACUAUUUUAAAAGGUCCAACAUCUUUAAAUUAUUACUGGGCACCACUGCUGACUGUCAUUUUGGGAUCUUUCAUGAUUGCACAUGGAUUCUUCAGUGUCUAUGCAAUGUGUAUUGAUACACUUUUCAUCUGCUUUUGUGAUGAUCUGGAAAGAAACGAUGGAUCUGCAGAGAAACCCUACUUCAUAUCUCCUAAGCUGCAUGAGAUUUUGACCCAGAAAACGCUAGUUCCUCAGGAGCAAGAAAAGCUCCAAACAGUGCCACUCACUUUAAAGUAG